CGAUUUUUUAAAUUCUAGUUUUAAAUUUAAUUGUGAAUUCAAAAUUAAAAGUUUAGUUUAAAGUAUUUCUUAAGAAGGUGAUAAUCUUUUUUAACAUGAUUUUAGAUAUCCGACGCACAAAACAGUCAAAUCACUCACUUUGACUUGACGCAUGUAGUCAUGACAGCGGUGUUGACCUGUUGAAUUUUGACAUUUAAAAGUUUUUUGAUACGUGAGUCAGUUGAUAAACCUACCAUAAUGUUAUUUGCUUGAAGAUAUAUGGGUUUUUCACUGUAUUAGUUGUAUAUUACUAAUUGUGUGUUUAAAAAAGAUUUUCAGGUAUUUUGUGGAUUCGCGGAUACACCAAAAUGGAUAAGUUAAAAAGAGUAUUGAGUGGAAAUGAUUCUCCCGACGAAGAAAGCGGUAUCAUGUCACAAUUAGAUGAUGCCGCUACAUUAAGUUGGUCAACAAGACUUAAGGGCUUUUUGGCAUGUUUCAUAGUAGGCAUCUUGUUAACCUUUUUGGGUUCGUUUGCUUUAUUUUUAAAUAGAGGUUUGCCAGUUUUUGCAGUAUUUUACACUCUCGGAAAUGUCACAUCAUUACUAAGCACCUGCUUCCUCAUGGGUCCCGUCAACCAAGUUAAGAAAAUGUUUGCAUCAAAUAGAUACAUUGCAACAAUCUUAGUUAUAGUUUCUUUUGUUUUAACAUUAAUUUCAGCGCUUUGGUUCAAGAGAGCCCUACUUGCCUUAUUAUUUAUAAUAAUCCAGUCAUUGGCUAUGACAUGGUAUUCACUUUCAUAUAUACCCUAUGCCAGGGAUGCUGUAAAGAAAACUGUUAUGACCUGCAUAGUGUAGUGGUGAACUAAUCUUAGGUCUUAUUUUUAAAGUUAAAGAUUAAGUUAUAAAAAUACGGCUACUUUUUAAUUUUUAUAUCUGUAAGUAAAAUUGCAUUUCGAUUGAUUUAUGACUCUAGCAAACGCACUUACAAAACCGACAAUUUUUAGGAGAAAAACGAUAAAAAUUUUUAUUUAAAAUAACAAUUUUUUAUUAGUUUAUAAAAAAGUUCUGUAUGUUCUAAAAAUCAGUUAUUUGCUGAGUAUGUCGCAAAAUAUAAAUUUGAAAGUAUAAAUUAGGUUACUUUAUUUUUUAAAAUAUAGAUUUUUGCUAUUAAAAACCACACGGUCAUAUUUUAUCUUAAUCACAUUUUGUGAUUUUGCAUAAUCACUCUUUGGUAUAGAAAAAUUUAUAUCUUCCUCAUCUAGGUAAUUUAAAUUAGGGGCAAUUGUUUUAUUUUAGUUAGGAUUUUCAAGAGCUUCCUGAGGUUAUUUGGAAAAAUCACAAAAUAUGAUUAAUAUUUUAUAAGAUAAAUGUCUGUGACAUAGUUAAAUGAAGUUUUUAAUUUUAAACGAAUAUUUUUUCGAUAUUUACAAAAAAAAAUAUUCUUUUACCAAAUUUAUAUUUUUGUCAUCAGAUAUUUCGUAUGACUGACAUUUUUUGAUAUCUGCUAAUUUCAUUUUUGGUUGGCAGUUUCAAAUUAUAUAGACACAUUGAACAUAAAGUAUAUAACUAUAAAUAAAAACUAAUAUUCUUUUACGUCAGACGUUUUACAACCAUAAUUUAAAAAUUGUAAAAUUCUUAUGGUUCAGUGGCAUGUAUAAUUGUUUAUCAAAACUGUUGAACGUGCAAUAUUCCUAUUAUUUGCUACGAAAGUAAAUCUAAAAAAGCGUAUUAUGAAGUUUAAAUUAUCGGUUUAGUUGUUUUAGUAAUUUUAAUUACCUCAUUCUAAAUUUACUUAUUUUCUGUUAAAUUUAUUGAAAUAUUUUAAAUGAAGUAAAAUAAUCCAUUGACAGUUUUACAGAUUCUUAGUUAAAAAUAAGUUUGAAACUAACUACUUGCUGAUUAGGGUAUAGGUUAUGGUUCGCUAAUCUGCCAAGUAACUAUGUGUAACUUUACUCAGAUGAAGAAAUCACCCUUUAAAGUAAUGUAUACAAAACAAGCCCAUAACUAAAACAAUUAUAACAUAAUCAACAGGGGUUUUACGACGGUGUUGCAUUACUCAAAUACACAUUUUUGACAUUUUAUAAUUUUCAAUGUCUAUGACAUACGGACAUAGAGUCUGUCCAGAUAGAGAAUAAUAUGUACGUCACAAACCCGCGAAUCUUUUAUUCUCCUUUGUCAGCAUCAUAAGGCAGGUCGCAAAUAUUCGUUUUCGACAUUCGGUCACUGAAUUCGAUUUCCAGAUUGGAAAAAUAGACAGCACUGAAAUAGUCUAUUCCCCGCACAUGUUCGAUUUUUCCAAACGAAAUAUUUUCGUAGCAUUCGUCUCGAAAGACUACCUUUUGCGUUCGAAAUUUAGAUUUGUUCAAAAUCGAAUGUAUGCGAUAUAUUCACGAUUUUAGAAUGGCGAAUUUAACAGGUUAACUCCCAUGAGCAUCAUAACGUGCUUCUCAGAAAAUGCACUAGUAUAGCCGUGAGAAGCACCGUAUAAUUCUUAUUCAUAAUAUAUUCGCCGAGAGAAUCGUCAUCUGAUAAUCGUUUUCAUUUAAACCUUAUAAGCUCUAAUAUAGGUGGCUUGUGGAUAUGAGAAUCAUUAGUCGCUUCACACUAAUUAAACAUUUUUUUGUCAAUACGUAUAUUACAAGAAAAGUACAAGACAAUUUUUACUACGUUUUUUUUUUGGGGUAUCUACAAAAUACAAAUGAUACAAAAUAACUUUAAAAUAAAAUACUUUUUAAACAAAAUACAAAUUAUAACAUUGAAAACUUUGCAAAUUACCCAACCUACUUGUGCAUAAGCUCUUAUCGUAUCUUUGCUUAGUAGUACUAUGUACAAUGUAAAAUUGACUUAUCUCAAUAAGGUAGGGCUUAAUCAAGGGGUAAAAUAGGUCUCGUAUACGAUGAAUGGUCUCCAAACAGCCUAUUAUCUUUUCUUAGGUCUUCAGGAUGUUAAUUACUAUCCAAAACAGCAAAUACUUGUAGCCUCCAAAUAGUUCAGCCUUCUAGACGUGAAUCAUUCAUUAUACUUCUUAGGUCCUCAAGACGUUAAUUACUAUCCAAAUACUUCAUAUUACCAAGUAAAAAACUUCUAAAUCAUUAUUUAGAUUUCCAAGUAAAACACCAUUCAAAUGUUGUCAAGUUAAAAGAUUUCGACCUUUUAAUGGAUAAAGCGGAUAAGUAGGGCGGAUGAGACGAACAUUUUGAAUAAUAAAAUAAAAUAUAUCCAUUUAUUUACAGUAUUCAGAACUUGUAAUCUCACAAAAAAAAAUAACCUCAAUCAGUUAAAAAGAUAAAUCUCUGGUAAUCUAUGUAAUAUUGUAUGAAACAAAAAAAAUAUUAACUUAAGCACAUAUUUAAUCUAAUGGUUUUUAAAAAUAAAAAAGAAUCUAUCAGUAGAUCAUCUCGAUUCGUCUUAUCGGCAGGAA